AUGAAGACCACCAUCUGGGUGUUAGUCCUCCUCGUAGUUGUGUGCAAGUCCUCCAGCGCUGUGACUGUCACGGAGGCAGACUUUCACUUCUCCCUGGAGGCAGUGAAGGCCCUGGGGGCUCUGAUGACUGGAGACGAUGCACCAGCAGAGCAGGAGCUCCAGCUGGUGGAGGCCAGAGCAGCAGCGGUGUGUUCUCACCCCGCUCUGCCACAAGACUUUAGACCUCUGUGUUUGAGGACCGAUGCUGGAGCAUCUCUGGCCAGACUGGCACUCGUGGCUUGGCACUCUGACGCCUGUGAGAUCUGUGAAUCUGUUGCCUGCACUGGAUGCUGA